AUGAGCAGCGACGAUUUACUAGCAAAAUUUGAUGAAAUAGUGAAGCGAUUUAGGUGCGCAUUUCACGAAAUUAUCGAGCGAGCAAAAAUGAAGGCGGAAGUCGAUGGGUAUAGCGCCGAGAAGCAAAGAAUGUAAAUGGUUAGUUAAUGCCGUUAAUGCAACGUGAACGUCGGUGGACAAAAAUUCACCACCAAAAGAUCUACUCUAUGUCAAAUUGAAGAAGGUUCCUUGCUUGCCUCAAUAUUUAGCAGAAAGUAUGCAGCACAAGAAAUCUCCAACUCCAAGACUGAUGACGGUGAAGACAUUGUGGAAACUGCUGUUUCAUGCGAUGGAAAAUGGCAAAGAAGGGGGUAUUGUUCGUUGCACGGAUGCGUAACCGUCAUUUCCAAGUGAAAUGAAAACAUUUUGGACGUAGAACCCUUGAGCAAGGUCUGCAAAGCAUGCAUCAUUUCAACAUUGACGUCAAAGCAACUAUUGAAGUCUACAAAGCCCUUGGGAUAAAUCCAGGAGUUUUUUGUGUUGCAGGAGUAAGGGGAGCCGAUUGACUUCGUGUUACGAAAUCUAACUACAAGUCGGUGAAGAAUAAAAAGUGGAGAAAGGUCAUCAGGGGAAGAAAUAAGAGUAAAGGUGACAAGAAUGAAGAAAGAGGGAAAGAUAUGCAGCAGAUCCUUUUUAAGUACUCUUUGAUUUAAUUAUCUGUUUAAAUGUAAUUUGUUUAUCUUCAAAAGUUAUAGGUUGCAACUUUGAACUCGGUUUUCUCAAAAUGACAUUUUACUAAUGUCGGGACGCUCUCUCGUUCAAUAUUAGUCCAAAUUUGAUCAAAUUUUCAGAAUAUAAUUAUUGUAAAAAGAUCUCAAACCUACACCUCAAAAAUCUUAUUUUCAUUAUAAUACAUCUAUAAAUUUUUUUUUACAAUGAACACCGAAUUUUUGCCGAUUUUGACUUUUUUUGUGAAAUCUUAUCAGAUGUGUUUUUUAGGUUUACAUGUUUAACACAUCUACCGGCUUUCCUUCAAAACUUAACUAUAUACUUUGAUGACCAUUAUUACUGCUGUUACAUUAGUCCUGAAAAAGGCUCAGUAGCCAUGGAAACAGCACAUAUGAAGUUUGUAUAUUUGGUAUCAGCAAGUGCUGUUCUAUCAUAUGCAACCGAAACGAAGUUCAUAAUACUAAAAAUAAAAAAUUAAUCAUAUUUUCCCAGGAUCAUUAACCUGGCACAUUUACAACGUGACAAAAUGAGCAGGGACGAUUUAUUACCAAAAUUUGAUGAAUUGGUCAAGAGAUUUAGUGGCUCAGUAGCCAUGGAAACAGCACAUAUGAAGUUUGUAUAUUUGGUAUCAGCAAGUGCUGUUCUAUCAUAUGCAACCGAAACGAAGUUCAUAAUACUAAAAAUAAAAAAAAUUAAUCAUAUUUUCCCAGGAUCAUUAACCUGGCACAUUUACAACGUGACAAAAUGAGCAGGGACGAUUUAUUACCAAAAUUUGAUGAAUUGGUGAAGCGAUUUACUUACGAAUUCCACGAAAUUAUCGAGCGAGCAAAAAUGAAGGCGGAAAUCGAUGUGUAUAACGCCGAGAAGCAAAGAUUGCAAACGGUUAAUGCAACCUCAACGUUGGUGGACAAAAAUUAACAACCAAAAGAACAAUUCUAUGUCAUACUGAAGAAGGUAAUGAAGCGAUUAUGGUACGAAUUUUACGAAAUAAUCGAGCGAGCGAAAAUGAAGGCGGAAGUCGAUGCGUAUAACGCCGAGAAGUAAAUAAUGCAAAAGGUUAAUGCAACCUCAACGUUGGUGGACAAAAAUUAACCACCAAAAGAUCUACUCUAUGUCAAGUUCAAAAAAGUUCCUUGUUUGCCUCCAUGUUUAGCGGAAGGUGGGAAGAUGCUCUCAUACGUGAUUAUGAUAGCGUCGUCUUCAAUGACUUCAAUCCGCGAUAUUUUGUUGUCAUCUUGGAUUAUCUACGCGCAAAGAAAAUUGCAACUGCAGAGAAUCCCGCAGCACUGCCGAAAGUAUCUGCGGACCAAGUGAAAAAUUUUAAUGUCCUUCUCGAGUAUCUUGGCUGGGUUGAUGAGACUGUUCUGCAAAAAAAAUUGAUGAAACUGUUCUGCAAAAAUUCGGUACGCGAAAGUGAAGGAAUUACUCUUCAGGAAGGCGGAAAAGUCGCAAUUAAUGAUCCAAAUUCAGGUCAUAGAUAUGUUCUUGGUAAAAAUGUUUACCAAAAAGGAAUUGUGCGCCUCAAGUUGAAUAUGGAGUCUUUUCAAAAUAAUUUGGGGACCAGUAAAUAUUCAUAUGAAGGCCUGGUUCAUAUGCAUGGGUACUAG